CGUACUGAACAUAUGAUUACAAGAACAAGAUAUCGAACUUUAAUAUUACAGUAAUAAUGUAUGCGGACACACGCAUACGCACAAGGCGUUAUCUACGUUAUUAACUGUGCCGAUAAUUCUCUCGGUGCGUAGCAUAUGUUCAACAUGGCGGGCUACGGUGAGCAAGACUUCAACAGGAGUGCGUUGACGCUUAAUAGCGGACGGGCAUGGUACACCGGGCAAAGAGCGGAAAAAAUUCCUAAUGGAUUGAUAGGAGUCGUUGGUCACGAUUGUCUCAGCUUGGAUCUCUCCUAUAAUGAACUGACCACUAUUUCUGGCAUAAAGGAUUUUGAACAGCUUCAGGAACUGAUCCUGGACAACAAUAAACUCGACAAUCUCAAAACGCUACCGUAUAUGCCGACUUUAACCACUUUGAGUGUGAACAAUAAUAAGAUAUCCAAUAUCGACAAAGCCCUCGAUAAAAUACAAGAAUCUUGUCCCAAUGUGGAAUACGUGAGUCUCCUGGGCAAUCCCGGCUGUCCCGAUCAGCUGACCAAUCCGACAUCCACCGAUGAAGACGAUUACGAGCGUUACAGGCUAUACGCCAUCCACGUCUUACCUACGAGUCUUCGCUUUCUGGACUCCCGGAGAGUCACUCAGCAGGAGAGAUUGGACGCCAAGACUCGCGGCAGAUAUUCCAAGACGAUUAAGUUCAUCCCAGAAUUAAUUCGCAAGUUCGUACCCAGUUCGACGCAAAUCAAUAAUGAGUUCGAUGACAUAUACUUCAAUAUCCAUUACACGCCCUUGCCGAGUUCGCUGCGCAAUCCUCAGGAUCACAAAGGUGCAUAUGGUAAAUGCAAGUAUCGAUAUUCCGGCAAGAAUUCGGAAGGCAACAGAUUCAUCUCGAACAACGAUCUGUAAUCGAGGACUGUAUGUAUGUUUUUAAGCGUGGCCUAAAUAAUUAUUUUUCUAGUCAAAUAUGAUUGAUAUUAAUGAAAAAUUAUCAGUUAGCAACGCGAGAUGUUUUUCUCAGAUUGCGACGUUAAAAAAGUCUAUCGCACGCGAUAUCAUAUGAUUAAUAUCGUAUACUGAUGAUAAAGACAUAUAUACAGAUUUAUAUAUACCAUAGGACAUUCAUACCGAGAGUUAUAAUAAGACUUAUAUUUUGAUAUCAGUGACCAUUGAAUUUUAAUAUAAAUUACAAUAUUUACUUUAAAACAGCUAUAAUAUAGAUA